UUUAACUUCUAUAUAUUGUCAUACUACAUAGAUUUGGACUUCAGGCAACUGGUGAACAAGCUGCCAAAGGGAACAAGCCUCACAAUUCUCUCAGACUCAUGCUAUAGUGGUGGCCUCAUUGACAAAGAGAAGGAACAAACUGGACCAUCUUCACUGGUUCAUGAAAAUAACUCAUCAGUGAAACUCACUAACACCCCCAAGACAAUCCCUUUUGAGUCCAUACUUCAACACCUCUCAUCACUAACAAACAUAGACACCACAAAUAUUGGAACCCAUCUGCUAGAAUUCUUCGGCUUCGAAGCCAGUACGAGGUUUCAGCUCCCUUCGCGUGAUCUUGAUUUGUUGAACUUGAACCAACCACUGAGGCCUGAUGAGAGGAUUCUGUUGAGUGGUUGCCAAGCUGAUGAGACCUCUGCAGACAUUAAGCUGAAUGCGAGUGGCGGAAAGGCGUAUGGAGCAUUUAGCAAUGCGGUUCAGAUGGUGUUGAAGGAGAACCCGGGUCAGCUGAGCAAUAGAGAGGUUGUGAUGAAGGCCAUGAAUGUGCUGCAAACACAGGGAAUUGUGCAGCAUCCUUGCCUCUAUUGCAGUGAUGAGAAUGCUAAUGUUGCCUUCUUGCGACAACAUCAGAACUCAGAUAUAUGAAAUGUGUGUCUGUGAAGAAUUUGAUGUGUGAAACAUUGGAGAAGUGAUUGAUGAAAUCAAGACUCUCAAGUACUCCUAGCACUAUGUUAUUUAUUAUUGUACUAUUGUGUGAAUUUUAUGUUCAA